AGGNUUUAGAUAAAAUUAGCUUGAUUGAGGACUUAGCUGAAGAAAAUUUGACCAGUACAUUAAUUGCCUUUUUGAAAUCCAAAUUAGAGGGAAAAGCCCGCGAAGCCAUACCAACACAAAUAAAUUCCGUUAGUGACAUAAAAUCUGCUCUACGCAAUAGAAUUAAACCUGACAACUCGAAAGUUGUCGCAGGGAAAAUAGCGGCGUUACACGUUAACAACAACAAUUAUUCUGACUUUGCCAAACGCGCUGAAGAAUUAUCAGAUUCUCUUGAGCGUUCAUUAAUAAUAGAAGGAAUAACUCAAGAAAAGGCUCACGAAAUGGCGAUUGAGCAAACUGUUAGCGUGUGUCGGUUAAACGCCAGGUCAGACUUAGUAAAAUCAAUCUUAGCUUCAACAAAAUUCUCAGAUUCCAAAGACGUAGUAGCAAAACUAAUCGUAGAACAGAAUAAUGAGGUGAAGGAGCGUCAGGUUUUGACUUUCCGAUCGCGUGGUAAUACCACAUUUAGAAAUUCACGUGGUGGCUAUCGUGGGGCUAACCCAACUCGCAAUUUUAGUGGUUAUAGAAACAACAGUUAUAACAAUCAACGGUUUCGAUCCGCUAACGGAAACCGCAAUCAUCAUAACAGCAAUGGGUCACGGUUAAAUUCCAACAGUAACACCAAUAGGAAUAAUAAUGCAUGA